GGCUUUCUCAUACAUCCAUGAUUCCUGAAAACCCUUUGUCUGUUCUCCUUCUGGUGACCCUUUUCUUGGUUUCUUCUACUCUUCCAUUUUCUUCAUCUCUUUCCAGUAUUGCAAUCUCUGAGAUCUCAAAUCAAACACUAGUCUGUGCAUUAACUGGACAAAAAUCCCUCAACUGUACUAGCUUCCCUUCUGGUCUUCAGAGUCCAAUUCCAUCUCCAAAUACUUCUGUCUCUGCAAUAACAGCAGGGAACAACUUCCUCUGUUUUCUGAGUUACCCAUCUCUCACUUCUGUUAAUUCUUCUGUUGGUUGCUGGAGAUUCUCUGAUAAUGGUACUAAUCUGACAUACAAGAGAAUCUAUCAUGGACCCAUGCUCAGAGAUUUCGAUGCCAGGAACUCUCACGUAUGUGGAAUCGUCAAUGCAUCAAAAAGUCUAAUUUGCUGGCAAUGGCCUGAUUUCAAUUCCCCCCAUGUCCAAAACCUCGCCGACAUCGCCGUUGGUGAAGAUUUCGUUUGUGGGUUAGUCGACACAGGGCAAGUUAUGUGCUUUGGAAACAAUACAAGCAUAGUCGGCAAGGAGCCACCGGGAAUUUAUAGUGCCAUCGCUGCUGGAUUGAAUCAAGCUUGUGUAAUUUCAAUCGAUGGCUCCAUGAUCAAUUGCUGGGGCCAACCACCUAUGAUGAAUCUCAUCGGAAGCUUCAAUUCAUUGGCCUUAGGCAACAACACUGGCUGUGCUCUUCUUUCCAAUUACACAGUUUUUUGUUGGGGAGGAAACAAUUUCCAGCUCCCACAAAGCUUACAAGGAAACUAUUUUCUAUCAAUUACAGGGAAGAGCAAUAGUUUUUGUGGUGUGAUGAUGAAGAAUUUUUCAUUAAUUUGUUGGGGUGGUGAGAAUUUGAUUUCUACUUCAUUAGCUUUCCAGACUGCAAUGCCUGGACCUUGUCAAACACUUUGUCAAUGUGGAGUGUUUGCUGAUUAUGGACAAUUUUGCAGCCAAGGUUUUAUCUGUAAACCAUGCAGGAAUUCUAAUCUUCAAACUCCACUCCCGCCUAUGCUACUAGAUCCACCGGCAUCAUCGCCGGAAGGGACGAACAUUACUUCCACGCCCAAUGUCGAUAGAGGGCUAUCUAUUGUCGUGGUGGCCUGUGUAGGUUCAGGGGCGGUUCUGUUUAUAAUUUGCUUCUUUUCCUUUCAACAUUUCAAGAAAAAGGCUUCUUCUCGAACUCAGAAUGCAACAACAUUGGAUCGACAAGGUUCAACUCAAAUCUAUCCUGAACUUGAGAAUUCUUCAAACAGAGGAUCAAGCUUUGGUGUUCCAAAGAUAGAUCAGAGACUAAUUUAUAGUGCAGGAAGUGGCAAACUUCAGAAAUUCUCUCUUGAAGAACUUAGACAAGCCACUGAUAAUUUCUCUGAUGGCCAUAAAAUUGGGUGUGGAAGUUAUGGAUCUGUGUACCGGUCGAUACUUGAAGAUGGGCGAGAUGUGGCAAUUAAGCGGGCAGAGGUAAUGAUUUCAAAUUCUCCAUUAUAUGCAGGUAAUGUUAAGAGACUUGAUUGCAAAGAUCAUGCAUUUUGUUCUGAACUUGCUCAUCUCUCUCGCCUUAAUCAUAAGAACCUUGUUCAACUUUAUGGCUAUUGCAAUGAGGCAAAUGAGCGUGUGCUUGUUUAUGAAUUUAUGGUUAAUGGAACACUCCAUGAUCAUCUUCAUAAUUAUGAAGAAUCGCCGAUAUUAAUGUCGUGGGCGGCCCGAAUUAAGGUCGCCCUCGACGCGGCUAGAGGUAUUGAGUAUCUCCAUACGUAUGCGGUACCACAAAUAAUUCACCGUGACAUUAAAACAUCCAAUAUUUUGCUCAAUGCUCAAUGGAUCGCGAAGGUGUCAGAUUUCGGAUUGUCAUUGAUGGGACCGGACGAUGAAGAUGCACAUAUAUCACUCCGUGCUGCUGGCACUGUAGGAUAUAUGGAUCCUGCUUACUAUAAAUAUCAACAAUUGACGACGAAAAGUGAUGUUUAUAGCUUUGGAGUGGUGUUGCUAGAAAUGUUAUCAGGUCUUAAAGCUAUACACCGCAAUGAAGAAACUGGACUACCAAGGAAUGUGGUACAUUAUAUGGUACCAUAUAUUGUUAGAGAUGAGAUACAUCGGGUGCUCGAUCCAAAAUUGUCACCGCCGACACCAUCUGAGAUCGAAGCAGUGAAUUAUGUUGGUUAUCUCGCAGCUGAUUGUGUGGUGACCGACGGGCGAGAUCGGCCAACCAUGACUGAAAUUGUGGAUAGUCUUGAAAGAGCAUUGGCUGCUUGUCUUGCAAACCCUUUUCUCUCUAGGUCAACAACUGGUUCAUCUAUAAGAGAUAUACUGUAA